GUGAAAUGGGAGUAAUGGAGCCGAAGGAAGAAAUACGAGACGCGGGAGCGCCUAUUUAUAGAUUGCCUCGGUCCCGUGGGAAAUAAAGAUGCCGAAGCACGUCCCCCUUUCGGCUCCUUUCCCGAGGGUUUGGAGUUAAGGCUGGCUAGCUGAGGAUUAUGGGACUUGAAGUCCCAAGGAGGUCUAGCGCGUCCUCGAGCGGCUGAAGCACCUUGGAGGAAGAGCAGGAUAAUUUAGGGAAACACGCGUUACUACGUGACCAACCUUGCCAAUAAUUCUCUUACUCGAAGGACGGUGGGGUUUUUUGCCUUUCAGGGCAGAAAUCCAGCAGGUAAAGCUGCUUUGGCAAAGGCAAAAAAAAAGGAGAUCUGCUUUACUUCCUUUUUAAACAAGUGGUAACCCUGAGAAGGGGAACAGCUGGUCCUUUGUAGUUCACUUGACAAGCUGUCUGGGUUUUGGAGCUAAGUAGGAUCAGCUCUGUUAGUGCUUGGAAGGGAGACCCCAGAAACCUCAGAGCAGACUAGGAAUUAAAAAAAAAAUCCCCCCAACAGGCACUGGUGAGCCACUUUCAUAUAGUUGCCAAGAAAGUUCUGUGGGUAUGUCUCUGGAGUUACCAGGACUUGGCUGUCAUCAUAUAAAAUCUUACUCCACAGAGACCCUUUCAACUGUGCAAUCUUCUCCCCCCCCCCCCAACACCUCUGAAGUGGAAGAGGAGGAGUCACCUCCAUCUGAGCUAAAGGUGUGCUGUUGUUCCUUUUAAAUGCAGGCAUCGGAGGUUGCAAAAGAGGUUGCAAAAGUCAACCGCUGAAGCGGAGGCCAUCUUUGACCCUUUUCCAAACAGGAAGGUAACCCCUUCGCAGGCCAGCCUUGCUCCAUGGCAGAUGAUAAAAGGGACUAUGAUUUGACAGAAGAGCAGAAAGUUACAAAAGCAAAAUAUCCUUCCAUCCAGAAGAAAUAUGAAUAUCUGGAUCAUACUGCUGAUGUGCAGUUGCAUGCCUGGGGUGAUACCUUGGAAGAGGCAUUUGAACAAUGUGCUAUGGCCAUGUUUGGGUACAUGACAGACACAGAGACAGUUGAACCUCUUGACACUGUAGAAGUGGAAGCAGAAGGACAUGAUAUGCUGUCUCUUCUCUUUCAUUUCCUUGAUGAAUGGCUCUAUAAAUUCAGUGCUAAUGAGUUCUUCAUUCCCAGAGAAGUAAAGGUGCUUCACAUCGAUCGAAUACGUUUCAGGAUACGAUCUAUUGGGUGGGGAGAAGAAUUCUCUUUGCCAAAGCAUCCCCAGGGGACAGAAGUCAAAGCAAUAACCUAUUCAGCAAUGCAGAUCCAUGAAGAUGAAAAACCAGAAGUUUUUGUCAUAAUUGAUAUUUAAACAAAGGACAUCCAUAGUCAGUGCAUUUCAACUGCACAAUUCCUCUGCGUUCUGCCCACUGAAUUGCUAGAGCUGCAGCUCUCUUAGUUGCUCUGCUGGACAGACUUACUUGAGCAACAUGAAUCAUUUCCCAGAGGAUAAAAGCUUUAACUGCAAGUAUUUGCUACUACUGCCCAAAAGUGGGGCUAUUGCAUUGAAUAUAGGUUCAAGCAACAAAUAUUGAAAAGAUAAUUAGACCAAGACUCAUUUGGCAGGGUAACCUAGACAGCUGGAGAUGAAAUUGUUAGUUGUUUCAUUGACAAGAUGCAUGAUGGAAAGGAGCUAGGAUGAAUUAUUUUCUUGUUUUAAUUACACUAUUUCCUCCACUUCCUACUUUGAUAUGAUACCCAUUUAAAUAAUUUGCAUGGUGCUUUGGCACUGACUGCAGCCAUUAAAUUACACUGAGUUCCUUUUCCCCCUAAUGUAGCCGUAUUAAACAUUGGAGGAUGCGGUCUUCACGAAGUCAUUCUCCAGUCACACUAUCCAUGAUUAGGUGGCUGUGAAAGUGUGGCUUAUAUCUUCUGCUGUUCUCAUUUGUAAAUCCUUUUCUAGCCUCCAUGGUUGCUUCUAACUAUGUGGUAGGACAGCAUCAGCACUGGUGCAAUUCUGGUUCGCAUGGAUCAGAAAUAAAACGAAUCUUAGUUAUAAAGAGAAUCUGUUAUUCAUACUUGUUGCUGUUGCAGAUCUUACACCAUGGUUAAAACAGAUACUGAAGAGAAUGUGCGAGUUGUAUCAUAUGACUAAUGUCUGAACUAUAGUUAAAAAUCAGAGCAAUGGUAGCCUCACUAAGGCUAAGAAGCUGUUAUCUUCAUGUAAGAUAAUAUAUAAAGAAUGUAUAUUGUGGACACCCUUUGUGGUGGUGAACUGGGUUGCCUAGCAUGAACCACAUGUUUGAGAUCUGCCCAAAGUGGCCCAGUGAUGUUGAGGUCAGGAGACUGUGAUGGCCACUCCUGGGCCUUCACUUUGUUCUGCUGUAGCCACCGAAGGGUUGACUCGGCCUUUGUUUUGGAUCAUGGUCAUGUUGGAAAGUCCAAGUGGGCCCGCGUGCACCUUCCAGGCUGGUGAAUGCAAAUUGUCCUCCAAGAUUCUCUGAUAAUAUGCUGUGUUCAUCUUGCCAUCAAUUCUGACUAAAAUUUCUGUGCUGCUGAAGCUCCCCCCGCCCCGCAAAACAGCAGAGAUCCACCUCCAGGCUUGAUGGCAGGGAUGGUCUGCUUCUCUUCACAGGCCUUGUUGACUCCUCUCCAAAUACAGCGUUUAUGGUUGUGACCAUAAAGUUCAAUUUUUGUCUCAUCGCUCCAAAUAAUUUUCUUCCAGAAUUUUUGAGGCUUCUCCAGGUGCUGUUUGGCGUAUUGUGAGUGGGCUGCUUGGCAACUUUACCACGCAGCCCAUGUUUGAACAGUGCAUGCUGAAACAGCCACCCACAUGGUUUCAGAGAAGCAUGUAUUUCCAUAGAAGUUGCUUUUGGGUUUUUCUUUGCAUCCUGACAAAUUUUCCCAGCGGUUGUGUUUGACAUCUUUCUUGGUCCACCUGACCAUGGCUUAGUAUUAACAGAGCCCCUAAUUUUCCACUUCUUGAUCAGAGUUUGAACAGUACUGCUUGGCAUUUUCACAUCUUUGGGUAUCUUUUUACAUCCUUUUCCUGAUUGACGAAGCUGAACUACUGUUGCUCACGGAUCCUUUGACAGCUCUUUUGCUUUCUCAGGCUUCAGUAACCAACCAAGUCAGCACAGCCCUGGAUGAAAUGCACAAGGGCUUCUCAGGAGCAAAGAAAUGCAUGGCCUAUUUAUAUACAGACACUAAUUGCACUCCAACAAGGCACAGGGGUGGAUACUUACCCUUCACUGCCCUCCCAACCUGUGCAUGUCAGCUAGAGUGUAAAACUGUAUUAUCAGCCCAAACAGUCAAGGCUAUGCAAACUUGAAAUAUUUCAAAAUAAAUACUCUUUAUUUC